UCAGACGAAGAAGAAUUUGGUGUAAUCGUGCAGGAUAUCUCACUACUUUCCAGGUCAUGGCUGACUUUGACGCAGUUCUGAAGUUCUGGGGCCCAGUGGAGGCGGACUAUGACAACAUUGGAAACAUGGUUCUGACCCGUUUAUUUGCAGAGCACCCUGACACCCAGAAGCUGUUCCCCAAAUUCGCUGGCAUCGGCCAGGGUGACAUGGCCGGUAACGCAGCUAUUUCUGCCCAUGGUGCCACUGUGCUGAAGAAACUUGGAGAGGUGCUGAAGGCCAAAGGCAAUCACGCUUCCAUUGUCAAACCUCUUGCAAACAGCCACGCCACUAAGCACAAGAUUGCCAUCAAUAACUUCAAGUUGAUUACUGAGAUCAUUGUGAAGGUCAUGCAGGAGAAGGCUGGACUUGAUGCUGCUGGGCAGACAGCCCUGAGGAACGUGAUGGGUGUUUUCAUCGCCGAUAUGGACGCCAACUACAAAGAGCUGGGCUUCAGUGGCUGAAAUCACACAAGCCAUACAGCGAGGUCAGCCAGCAGACAGGAGCACUUUCUACCAGCAAGUGAACAUUUGAAAAUAGAUUCAAAUAUUAAGAUUACAAUAAAAGAAAAUCAGUUUUAACAAUGCCAUAAAUAUAUGACCCUAAAUAUUACCAAAGAACAUGAACAUUAUAGUCUUCACCAAAAUAUCUCAUAUAUCUGUUAAUACAGUUAUGUACUUGACUGCAUUAGUUUGUAUAGUUUUUUCUGUUGUUGUAUCCACUCCUGUAACUGCUCGGAUAAAUAUGGUUUAUAUUUCAGUGUAAUGAAAUGAAGCAUUCUUGUCUAACAGCAAAUGAAGUUCAAUAUGACUGUACCCUGUUGUCAUAUAUUACCUAUAACACUUGUGUGUUGCUUUACUCUGUUCAUUAAAAAAAACACAGAAACACA